UUUCCCAGCUCUGGUUAAACUAUUACGCAUUUGUCAGUGACGCAAAGGUCAGGUGGCUGCGGAUAUAAUGCGGAGCUGUCCUGGUGCUGAAACGCUGUGCACAAGGGUGGGAGAUGUUAUGUUGAGAUUCGUAUGCCGUCGAAGCGACUUGCAAAGGCAUUAAGAUGAUGUAUCUCCCCAAGACCUCCCUCGCUGGAGCACUGCUUAUUGCCUCCUUUCUUCUCCACACCUGUUGCGUUGAUAGCGUAUCACUAAGGCAACACAAGCUGAAAGAAAAUGAGCCCGAAGGGAGACGCAAAAACACUUAUUUGGUGCCCAAUCCAGACAUGGUCAAAGCUUUGGAGUACAUAGAUAGCCUAAAACAGCAAACGAACGACGAAGAGUCCUAUCGGGAUUACGACGGCAUUGAAAAGUUCCGCUCCUUGCUCAGGUUUGCACCCAUUCAGAACAUGGAAGAUACCGAUCAAAGUCUUGUCCCGGAUAUGAAGGGCGCGGGGCAGGAUGGCAAAUCACAGUGGUUGAAAAUAUUACUCGGAGCGAUGCAGCAAGCGGAGAAGGAAUCCAGAACUGCACCCAAAGGGACGAGUACGCGCUACGCAUUUAACAACAGGCAAUAUCCAGAAGAGGAUACCCUCACAGAUGAUGUGGGUGACUAUGGAGGAAAUGCAUGGCCCGACAGAAGCAAACCUUUAAGGACGCAGAAAUUGCUCUUUGAAGACGAAGACUCCAGAGAAAACCCUUACAAGCGAACCAACGAAAUGGUAGAAGAGCAAUACUCCCCGCAAACCCUUGCCACUCUCGUGUCUGUGUUCCAGGAGCUCGGUAAACAAUCGACCCCCAACAACAACAAGAGAGAGAGGCUGGAUGACGAACCUACAUUUUAUAAGGAUAACGAGGAUGAAAUGUAUCGGGGAAACAACCUGGCAUACGAAGAUGUGACCGGGGGAGAGGACUGGAAUCACACGGAAGACAAAGCCGAGUCUCAGCAAACAGAGGAAGAGAAGGAAAGCAAAGAAAAGUACAAUAAAAGUUCGGAUGAAAUUGGCGAUGACGUGAAGAGAGCGAGCCAGACCAGUUAUAUAGAAAACAACGACAGCGACUCUGAUGAUCUUACCAAACUGGUGGAUUAUUACCUCUUUAAGAUGCUUGAGAAGAGCGAGAGAAAUGACGAAACAACAGAGAAAAGUGAGAGACAAAAAGAAGGACAAAAUACCGAAAAACGGACAGCCCGGCCACUUGGACCAUACAACAAUAUGGGCACACAGGCAAUUUAUAAAUUGAUUGAAAUCUCUAGGAGACUGCAAGUCCCGCCCGAGGAUCUCAUCGAAAUGUUGAAAAACGGAGACCUUAAGAAGCAAGACACGUUUCUGGAGACAGAGGUAGAACCAGAAGUGCCAGAUGAUCUAGAUAAGAUUGAAGAGAAACUAAGCCAGAUCGCUUCUUAUAACAAAGAAAGCAAACCGCAUUCUAGCAGACGACUAACAGAUAUUCUACCAGAAGAUAUUCCAGACGAUUUAAACAGUGAAGACAUUUUGAACAUUCUUGGCUUGGACAGCGUAGGAAACCAAAAUCCAAAGUACGUUUUAAAACAACUAAAUUCCAAGCACGGCCCGCCGAGAUCAAACACUCAUAGCAGAAGACGUGGGCAAUACGUUUUGUCUGAACCCAGCUGGGUGCCAGAUGAUUCGGAUAAACGACAAGUAGAUUACGAUGAAACCACCGAGGAAGACGAGUUUGCCAACUACCUGGCACAGUUGCUCGCCAAGUACCCAAAGAUUAUUAACACAAAGAACGUCAAACGCACUCACCAGUCUUCUUCAAAUGAAGACCAAGUGGCUUACGGGGCAUAUGAACAGGCCAUGAAAGAUUACUUUGAUCAAAUUAGUUCUUCUGAUAAAAUGUCGACAGUAAAAAGGUUGUCUGGGGCCGGAGAGAAGGACGAGGCAAACAAAAUGCAACACUUAGAUGAAGAUAUGCUGCUGAAAAUGUUUGAAUACCUAAACCAUGGCACUGAGGAGAAUGGUGAUAGGGAACUGCAUGGUAAAACAGCAAACGCAAUGUAGACUUUGCUAAUGAGAAUAUUUCAUAUUAUUUAUUUUUAAGUCUAGUGAAAGUGCAAUAGCUUUUCAUUAUACACAGCCAAAACGCCUGAAUAGUUGUGUGUCACAUUUUGUUCGCUAUAGUCCCUGAUUUUGUGGUAUUUUAUUGUUUUUUGGUAAAUCUAUUGUUCCAUUAAAGGUGUUGGAAAACACGUUACUCGACCUUAAUGCGCAGAGUGAUCAGAUGAAUCAAUGUUUGGUACUUUUGGUUAUGCUGUGUUUUAUUAAUAAAAUAUCUGUGUCCCCAAUGAUAUGUGAAGUAUGUGAGAAUAUUAAAGCAUUUAUUGGUAUUGUU